AUGGAGAAAGAGGAGUUCCCGCCCUCAUGUAUCUUACUCACAGCCAGGCUGCUCGCAGGAUUGCAUCACAGCCCUGUGUUGGCUUUCACAAUGUCUGUCCCUUCAGGCUUCCUCUAUCUUGGGGUGGUCAGUCUGAUUGUGACGUCACUUCUUGUUAAUGGGCUGGAGAGGAAUCCAAAACAGAUGAAAGAACUCCACUUGGAUGGCAGACAGGAACGUCGACGUCGACAAACCAGCUGUGGCAUUGAUCAGUUCAAGGAAAAUGACUUGUGCUGCCAAAAGUGCCCUGCAGGUUCAUAUGUGAAGACGAGAUGCACAAACUCUUCUGGAACUGCCCAUUGUGCCAAGUGCCAACCCGGCACCUACAUCGCUCAUGCAAAUGGGCUAGCAGAGUGCUUCAAGUGUAGUUCCUGUGACCCUUCAUUUUCACAGGUGGAGAAGAAGAAGUGUACUACCUCAAGUGACACAGUCUGUGGCUGCCCGCCAAACUACAUCAUCAUGAACCACAGUGUGAUACAGACUUGUAAGCGCUGCACUGUCUGCAAGAACAUGGAAACGUUCCAGCCCUGUACAGAAACACAGGACACCAUUUGCAAGCCGUGCCCCCCUGCAUAUUUUGGCAAUAAUGGUAUAUGCCAGCGUUGUCCACAGUCCUGCAAGAUUGUACCUCAUGAAAAUUGCACAUCUUGUGGAGGUACAGUGCAACCAAAACCUCUUGGACAGAUCUUUAUCAUGUUGGCCCCUCUUCUGCUUGGUGUCAUUUUCUUGAUUUGCUGCUAUCUGAAGUUCAAGGAGAAGUUAAAGUGUCUUCAAGGUACCAAUAAAAUGAGAACCAUCCCCAAACCACUGCUUCUGCCAUUUCAGGCUAACUGUCUAAAGGUGAGGUUCAUGUGA